AUGAUCCGAGAAGCCACUCUCAGCCCUUGCACUGAGCGGCUCUCCUCAGGCUUGACUUCUGCUGGUGUCCACGCCCUGACCACAGAGACUUUUCUCCCAGCAGCCCUUUGCUGCUCCCAGACCUUGCAAUUUGCCUAUGCAAAGCCAGGAGCGGGAAAGAAGAGCCGAGGUGAAGUGGCAGAGUGGUACCACCGGGAAACUCUAUCGGACAGGUUCAGUGGCAGCAACGCCCGGUUGAGGCCACCACUCCCACCUGCCAGAUGUGUAGACUCCCCGGUUUGGAGAGAAAAUGUAGCCAGCCCAUCUUUCCUGCCUGGCCCAGAGACUUGGAGACACAGGCAUCCAUUCUUGAAGGCCCAGGAGGAUGUAGAAGAGGAGGAUAAAUAUGAGCUGCCCCCCUGUGAGGUUCUGCCCCUCAGUGUGGCCCCUGCACAGUCUCUGGGCUCGAAAGAGGACUCCUUAUACCUAGAUCGUUCUGGGCGCCUGGAUCCAGCCAAGCCAUCACCACCCGUGCCUCAGCCCACCGUGGCCAGAGGACUCCCCGUAAAUCCUUUCUUCCCUACCCACCCUACCUCAGGCUACCAUUUCCCACUGAAGACAGCAACGAGCCUGCAACCUGCAGCCCCAAAGCAGGGACCUGUUUUUGGAAGGCGAGGGCGAGCUGCGCCUGCUCGAGCGGUAACAGACCGCGUGGAGAAACCUGAUGAGGACAUCUACCUGGAGUGUGAGCCAGACCCAUUCCCAGCCUUGACUAGGACUCUGAGCUCCAAAGCCCUGAUGCCUCCAGUUCCUCUGCCAAGAACAUCUGGAUUGUCCAAGUCCAUGGUCGGUCACCAGGAGGCUCCGAAUGGAACGGUGGAUGCCACACUGAAAGCAGGAAGGCGCCUGUCUGCUGCCUCUGUAGCCCCUGCCCUGAGCACCUCUGCUGCUGAGGAUGGCAGUCUGCUGGGUCAGCCUUGGUAUUCAGGGAACUGUGACCGGCAAUCUGUUGAGAGAGCACUGCUUCACUUUCAAAAGGAUGGAGCCUACACCGUGCGCCUCAGCUCUGGGCCUCACAGUUCCCAGCCCUUCACUCUGGCAGUGCUCCUCAGAGGCCGAGUCUUCAACAUUCCCAUUCGGCAACUGGAUGGCGGGCACCACUAUGCCCUGGGCCGGGAGGGCAGGAAUCAUGAGGAGCUCUUCUCCUCUGUGGCCGCCAUGGUCCAGCACUACAGGAAGCACGCACUGCCCCUAGUGGACCGGCACAGCGGCAGCCGGGGAUCCACCUGCCUGCUCUUCCCCACCAAGCCCUGAAGAACCGCGGCACACAAGUCCACCUUUGGCACACGGGGUGCCCCUUCAGUCCUCCCCACGCCCACUCUAGGCUGCUUUAUUUCCCCUGCCCGCCCUCCACCCUAACGUCCCUGCAGGUUCAAAAUGAGAGGCGUUGAGACCGGCUGCCUGGGGAGGUUGGCUUCCUCAAGAGACGUUGCCUCUCCUUACGCAGGCCAUGGAAUCGGGGCACUGACUUCUCCCGGGGAGUUAGCACCCAGUAUAUAGUUUCCCAGCACACAGUACACUUUCAAUAAACAUUUAUUGACUGAA